CACUUCUCAUGCAGAUUUUUCCAGCUUGCCCAUCCCUCACCUUUACUCUCUUAAUUGACGAAUCAAGCAGCAACCGCAUCAGUCAAAAGAGACUGGAGUGAAGACGAUGCAGCAGCAAAGGCAAAGGCAAAGGCCAUGGGAUAACCUACCAAGCACAGCUCUUGUCACAAUAUUCUCCAAAUCCUCUCUCAAAGAUCGUCUCUGCAAUCUCCCCUUUGUCUGCAAAUCAUGGUCUAACUCCUCUCGCCAUCCUCACUGUUGGGCCUCCUUCAUUCCCGACUCUUACUACUCAUUUCCUCCGCCGCCGUCGCUGUCUUCCUCUGGUGCUGCUGUCGAUGCCUUCGUUAAAUCUUCCUUCCCUUAUGACGCAGCUUUUUUGGACCCUUUUGAUGGUAGACGCAGCAGCGAUCCUCAAUCUGGAGUUCUUGGCCUUCAAUCUCUCAUCGCUAAAGCUGAUGGUGGAGCCGCCGUGAUCUCUGUCUAUUUCUUCCCUUUUCUCACUUCUCUUGAUGGCCCUCCCAAUGAUGACGCCCUUCUUUCCCUCAUCGCUCGAUCAUGUCCAAAUUUGAAACACCUAUCAUUUCAUGGAUCCUUCAAUGCCUCUGAAGAAGUCUUAUUGGAAGUUGUACGUAGCUGUCCCUGUCUGGAACUUGUCGACUUCUCUGAUUCACCAUACAUGAUCCCCUUGAUUUUAGAAAAGAUGGGGAUCCACUGUCCUAAUAUCAGAGGCAUUAGACGAAAUGGAAUUCUGCAACCUUUUUUCUCAUUCAGCCUCGUUAAAUGCUUCCCAAGUUUGAAGCUUUUAAACCUUUCUGAUUCAAGCAUUGGGGACAAAGAUCUGCUGACCCUUGUUACUGGUGAUUCAAGACUUGAGUAUUUGGAUAUUAUGCGCUGCCAAAGGUUGGUACGCUACAUGUACCUAAUUAAGGGAGCUCAUCGUCGAAUUGCUGAAAUUCGCUAUGAUUGAGUCGCUGGUCAUUUUGAUGGUUCUCCAAUUGUGCUGAUACAUAGCUCAUUUUGCUCAGAUAAGUUAUAUGGCUAUCAUUCUGCAUGACAGUAUGAUUUUUGUUUUAUGUACACUUUCUGCCAACUGCCAAAUUAUCUACAUUUGGGAAAAGGUUUAUGUUGAAGAUUGUAUUGUAAGAAGCUUGUGUUUUACUUUUUA